CAUAAAAAAUAAUGGCAACCGGAGACGAGCUCGCCAACUUGCGUCGUCGCCGGGGCUACUGUAGCGCCCAGUUUACACGCCUCGCAAAAAAACUGGGCGACAUUGAACAAUCAGGCUGUCCGGACGAGUUCGACUUGCUUCACAUUAAAGACCGUCUAGAAACCUACGAGAAGGAAAUCCGUGCACUACAAUACCAGAUCGUAACUCUAGACGAGGGAGAGACCGCGCGCGGCAGUGAGCUAGAGGAAGAAUACGAGAGGCUGCAACGCCGAGUAGCCAAACAAUUAAGCAAUACACGACGGAGCACGCCGUCACAGUCGACAAGCGGCGAAUCAGCCGUCGGCCGCGAGUCCGCACCGCUUAAACUACCGGAGGUUCGCAUACCUACAUUUGAUGGCGCCCUCGAGGAUUGGCAUUCGUUUCACGAUGCCUUCUCAUCAGCGAUAGAUAGAAAUGAAAAUUUAGCACCGGUUCAGAAAUUUCAUCAUCUCCGAACAGCCCUGACUGGCUGGGCCGCGCGAAGCAUACAGUCAUUACCCAUCACCGACGCAAAUUACGCAAUCGCCAUGGACGCUCUAAGGGAAAAAUUCGACUGCCACCGCCAGAUCUGCAUGCGUCACUGGGACCUGAUUCUCGACUAUCCCAGAAUAACUAAAGAAACACCCGAAGCCAUAGACGAUCUUAUCGAGACAGUCAAAGUACAUCUUCAAGCGUUAGAAAGACUCGGGGACCCAGUCACGUCAAACGCCUUUCUCAUAAAGCUUGUCACGUCGAAGUUACCCUCAGCCGUCGUUCGCGAAUGGCAACAUACCCUACCGGACAAGAAAUUGCCGCCAUAUACGCAUUUAGUGGAUUUUUUGAAAACACGGACGAAUAGCGACAGAGCAUGCUCAUCAUUAACCGUCAAAAGGGGGGCGUCCGAGCAACACGACCGUCGGCGACAGGACGCGCCGCGAAGUUAUACAUUCGUAACUACACACAAUACGUUGUUGUGUCCGAGCUGCCACGAACAACACGAAUUAUGGAAUUGCCAUGUCUUCAAAACGAUGCCGCCCAAAGAACGCCUGGAAAUCGCCAAAAGGGCGUCGCUCUGUACCAAUUGUUUAGGCAAGGGACACGCUCGCACUCAAUGCUCCGCGGGAUCAUGUCGCAUCUGUAGACAGCGACAUCACACGUAUCUGCAUCAAGACCAGGGGCAUAACAAAACACGAACACGUGUCGACCGAACAUCGAGCGGUCGAUCGUCGAGCGACCGAUCAUCCAGCGGUCGAUCUUCGCCCAGUUCACCGUCCCCGCGUUCGUCAUAUCGUUCGAGACGCUCAUCUUCGUCUCCCCGAGCGGCUCACCGAGGUUCUCGCCGAGAUUCUCGCCGAGAGUCUCCCCGAGCGUCUCCCCGAACAUCUCCCCGAGCGUCUCGUCGAGAUUCUCGCCGAGAGUCUCCCCGUACGUCUCCGCGAACAUCCCCGAAACGCGAAUCUCGGUUACCGCGAUCGUCGGCAUCGGGAUCGACCAUAUAGUCCAGUCCUAAACGACAAGGAAAACAAUGACGUCAUCAGACGAGCCUGUUAGGGACCGAACCACAGAAAACGGACUCAUCGACCCCGCUUCCUUUUGAACCAUUGCAACACGACUUGUUAGUCACAGCGCAGAAAUGUUCGGUCCCAAUCGGAGCACUCAACACGUUAUCGACGA